UUUGUGGAGCCGCGCGGGAAGGCGCGGUGCUGUGGGAGCGCUGCUUGCUGGGCGCAGCGGCUCUGAGAGGGAACGGCCGGGCGUGGUCGCAUGGAGCACAGCGGGUCUCGCGAGCCUUCCUCUACAGCCUCUCCGAGGCGCCUGGGGCCGGGGUCCUGAGCGCUAUUCCUAUGGCAACGCCCCUCUGGCGGUCCUGGACCCCACGGGAUCACGGCGGGAUGCGGAGCUGGUCGCGAGAAGAAGUGGCCAAGUUGGAGAAGCACUUGAUGCUUCUCCGACAAGAGUAUGUCAAGCUGCAGAAGAAACUGGCAGAGACAGAGAAGAGAUGCACUCUUCUGGCUGCGCAAGCCAACAAGGAAAGCAGCAAUGAGUCCUUCAUCAGCCGCCUGCUGACGAUCGUGGCCGACCUGUACGAGCAGGAGCAGUACAGUGAUCUGAAGAUAAAGGUUGGGGGCAGGCACAUCAAUGCUCACAAGUUUGUCCUGGCGGCCCGCAGCGACAGCUGGAGUCUGGCCAGUUUGUCUUCCACCGAGGAGCUGGACCUGUCAGAUGCUAACCCUGAGGUGACAAUGACAAUGCUUCGCUGGAUCUAUACGGAUGAAUUGGAGUUCAGAGAAGAUGAUGUGUUCCUGACUGAGUUGAUGAAACUAGCUAAUCGGUUUCAGCUACAGCUCCUUAGGGAGAGGUGUGAGAAGGGUGUGAUGUCUCUGGUGAAUGUCAGGAACUGCAUCCGCUUCUAUCAGACUGCGGAGGAGCUGAACGCCAGCACGCUGAUGAACUACUGUGCAGAAAUCAUAGCGAGUCAUUGGGAUGACUUACGGAAGGAGGACUUCAGCAGCAUGAGUGCUCAGUUGUUGUACAAAAUGAUCAAAUCUAAGACUGAGUAUCCGUUACAUAAAGCUAUCAAAGUGGAGCGAGAAGAUGUGGUCUUCCUUUAUCUAAUUGAAAUGGAUUCACAGCUCCCUGGGAAGCUGAAUGAAUUGGAUCAUAAUGGAGAUCUUGCUUUAGAUCUAGCCCUUUCGCGGCGACUGGAGAGUAUUGCCAGCACACUGGUUAGUCACAAAGCUGAUGUGGACAUGGUGGACAAGAAUGGCUGGAGCUUGUUACAUAAAGGAAUCCAAAGAGGAGAUCUCUUUGCUGCCACUUUCCUCAUUAAGAAUGGGUCCCUUGUCAAUGCUGCGACGUUGGGUGCCCAGGAGACACCAUUGCACCUUGUGGCAUCAUACAGUUCAAAGAAGCACUCAGCAGAUGUGAUGUCCGAGAUGGCGCAGAUUGCAGAGGCCCUGCUGCAGGCUGGUGCCAACCCCAACAUGCAGGACAGCAAGGGCAGGACUCCCUUACACUUGUCCAUCAUGGCCAGGAACGAAUACGUGUUCAAUCAGUUGCUGCAGUGUAAACAGUUAGAUUUAGAGCUGAAGGACCAUGAGGGCAGCACCGCUCUGUGGCUUGCAGUGCAGUACAUCACCGUGUCUUCCGACCAGUCCGUAAACCCCUUCGAAGACCUCCCCGUGGUAAAUGGGACCUCAUUUGAUGAAAACAGCUUUGCGGCCAGACUCAUUCAGCGUGGCAGCAAUACCAAUGCACCUGAUACAGUAACAGGAAAUUGCUUACUGCAGCGGGCAGCUGAAGCAGGAAAUGAGGCCGCAGCUCUUUUCCUGGCAACCAAUGGCGCCCACGUCAACCACAGAAACAAGUGGGGAGAAACCCCGUUGCACACAGCCUGUCGGCACGGCCUGGCCAACCUCACCACAGAGCUCCUGCAGCAGGGGGCCAACCCAAACCUGCAGACGGAGGAGGCCCUGCCGUCGCCAAAGGAGGGUGCAUCCCUGCCCAGCUCCACAGACAGCGUCUACCUGCAGACGCCACUGCACUUGGCGAUUGCCUAUAAUCAUCCAGAUGUCGUGUCUGUCAUCCUGGAGCAGAAAGCUAAUGCUCUUCAUGCCACCAACAACUUGCAAAUUAUUCCGGACUUCAGCCUCAAGGAUUCCCGAGACCAGACUGUGCUGGGCCUGGCACUGUGGACUGGCAUGCACACGAUUGCAGCCCAGCUGCUGGGCUCUGGGGCUUGCAUCAACGACACCAUGUCGGACGGGCAGACCUUGCUGCACAUGGCCAUGCAGCGGCAGGACAGCAGGAGCGCGCUCUUCCUGCUGGAGCACCAGGCGGACAUAAACGUCAGGACUCAGGAUGGGGAGACAGCCCUCCAGCUCGCCAUCAGAAAUCAGCUUCCGCUUGUAGUGGACGCCAUAUGCACCCGGGGCGCUGACAUGUCCGUGCCCGACGAGAAGGGGAACCCCCCGCUGUGGCUGGCGUUGGCCAGUAACCUGGAGGACAUCGCAUCCACUCUGGUCAGACAUGGUUGUGAUGCCACGUGCUGGGGUCCAGGACCUAGCGGGUGCCUCCAGACCCUGCUGCACAGAGCCAUUGAUGAGAACAACGAGUCCAUCGCCUGCUUUCUUAUUCGCAGUGGCUGUGAUGUGAAUAGUCCCAGACAACCUGGUGCUAAUGGAGAAGGAGAGGAGGAGGCCAGAGAUGGGCAGACCCCCUUGCACUUGGCAGCCUCCUGGGGGCUGGAGGAGACGAUACAGUGUCUUCUGGAGUUUGGUGCCAAUGUAAAUGCACAGGAUGCAGAAGGCAGAACGCCUGUCCACGUGGCCAUCAGCAACCAACACGGCGUCAUCAUUCAGCUAUUGAUUUCUCACCCUGAGAUCCACCUGAACGUACGAGACAGACAGGGCCUGACCCCCUUUGCCUGCGCCAUGACCUACAAGAACAAUAAGGCGGCUGAGGCCAUCCUAAAACGAGAGUCUGGGGCUGCUGAGCAGGUGGAUAACAAGGGCCGGAAUUUUCUUCACGUGGCAGUUCAGAACUCUGACAUUGAAAGUGUCCUGUUCCUGAUCAGUGUCCAAGCUAAUGUGAAUUCCAGAGUCCAGGAUGCUUCCAAGUUGACCCCUUUGCACCUUGCUGUGCAAGCAGGCUCAGAGAUUAUUGUCCGCAAUCUGCUUCUUGCAGGAGCCAAAGUGAAUGAAUUAACCAAGCACCGCCAGACCGCCCUCCAUCUCGCUGCCCAGCAGGACCUGCCCACCAUCUGCUCAGUCCUCCUGGAGAAUGGAGUGGACUUUGCUGCUGUGGAUGAGAAUGGAAACAAUGCUCUUCACCUCGCGGUCAUGCACAGCCGGCUCAACAACAUCCGGGUCCUCCUGACGGAGUGCACCGUGGACGCCGAAGCCUUUAAUCUAAGAGGCCAAUUGCCCCUGCACAUUUUGGGACAAUAUGGCAAAGAGAAUGCAGCAGCCAUCUUUGAUCUCUUCUUGGAGUGCAUGCCUGAGUACCCUCUGGAUAAGCCAGACGCAGAAGGAAACACGGUGCUGCUCUUAGCCUACAUGAAAGGGAAUGCCAACUUGUGCCGCGCCAUCGUCCGCUCUGGGGCCCGCCUUGGGGUGAACAACAACCAGGGAGUCAACAUCUUCAACUACCAGGUUGCCACCAAGCAGCUGCUGUUCAGACUGUUAGACAUGCUGUCCAAGGAGCCCCCGUGGUGCGACGGUUCCAAUUGCUACGAGUGCACUGCCAAGUUUGGAGUCACAACUCGCAAACAUCACUGUCGUCACUGCGGGCGUCUUCUUUGCCAUAAAUGCUCGACCAAGGAGAUUCCUAUUAUAAAGUUUGAUCUGAACAAGCCUGUGCGAGUUUGCAACAUUUGCUUUGAUGUACUGACUCUGGGUGGGGUCUCCUAGUGAGCCCCCAGGAAGGUCCAGGCCACAUCCUCAGUCGCCUCCCCAGCAGCUGCUCUGCUCACCAGCCUGACCCCACCCAGAGCAGGAGCUGGCAGUCGUCUUCCUGCGGCGAUAGACUGCAACAGUUAAGGACCAUGGUGUGAUAGAUCCCAUUUCAAAUGAUUCUGUAUGAUUGUCAGACUGUGAUCGAGUUCACUAGAUGUCUCAUUCAUUGGACCAGGCCAUCUAGCCUAAGUGGUAAAUGUGAUAGGAAUUAAACCCCAUUCUGCUAAUUACGUA